AUGCCUGGAUGUUUUAAGAAAAUCCUAUUCUCCUUGGCAUCCGUGGUCAGUUUUGUGUCUUUCCUGUUAAUCGUUGUUGCCAUGGGAACUCAGAAGUGGAUGACUGGCAAAAUUCUGUGUCAGACCGGGGUCGAUCUAGUCAAUGCAUCAGAUCCAGAGCUGGUAAAGUUCAUUGGAGAUAUUUACUAUGGACUGUUCCAAGGGGGUAAGGUACGGCAGUGCGGAUUAGGAAAGAGGUGGUUCAAGUUCUCAAUCUUCCCACAUAUGGUGAAAAAACUGAAUACCUCACUCCACGUGUUCAUAAUCCUCUUCCUUUGCUCUGCCAUAGCAUUUGCUCUGAUCAGCUUUGGAUUCUGCAUAUACAAUGCCAUCAAAGUUCCAUAUCGAUCAAUUAAAGGACCUGCUGGAAUUUGCCUCUGGAAUUUAAUAGCAGGUCUGUUUAUUGUGUUUGCAGUCAGUAGCUUUAUUGCCGCAGUGCAGCUUCACAGCCUAACGGAAAGAAUAGCCAAUUUCAGAGAAAAUGUUUUCAGGAUUGUUAUUUUGGAAGAACACUAUGAAGACUCCUUCUGGCUGUGUGUUGCCAGUGGAGGGACGCAUGCCUUUAACAUGCUACUGAUGGCAAUGAGCAAUAUCCGUCUCCCCAAAUUCAAGACUAAAACACAAGAGGCAAAUGUAACGGCAGAAGAUAUCAUGUAUUAGUUAAUACACACUGUAUACAUAUAUGUGGGCAUUCCUAUUGAGUUCCAAUCCCAUUACAAGAAGCCAGAAAGGACCAUAGCCAAGCAGACCAGGGGGUAUCAUAUGAAAUCAUCGGGAACAUUAUGCUGGAAUCAGGCAGGGAAAAGCUGCAUUGCUCAUUGCACUUGUGGAUGUAAAUGACCCCUACUGGUUUCUUUGUAUAGAGAAAUACCAUAAAUCUAUGCCAGGAUAUAUAUAUUGCCCUUUACUAAGCACAAUUUUUUAGUAUGAGGGUUCAAUAGCCGUUUAAAG